AUGUCUACCAAGAAGCUGGCCGUUGCACUACUGGCGGUGGCGAUGGUGCUGGCGAUGAUCGGCAUGGAGACGGCGGAGGCGAGGACCUGCAUGCAGGUAUGUAUGCCGGAGUGCCUGAAGAUCAAAGGGACCACAAUCAGAGACUGCAAGCCAGCCUGCAAGGAAGGCUGCGAGCCGGCGAAUAGUGGUAGCGUGUGGAAGUCAGGCCAAAAUGUUCCGACGUAA